AGCAUGUCAGAGGCCAUCAUCUUAGGGGUGAUUGGUGAACUGGAGAGCUUCCUGAUUGAGUUGCCGACGACCGAUGACUUUAUUCAUUACAAGCCUGAAACACUAGAAGCUCUAAAAGAGGUAAUAAAAGAGCUCAGAAUGAUGUCGGACUUUUUCAGAGACAAUAAAUCUGAAGAGAUGAGCAGGCUUAAAAAUUUGCAAGCUGACUUUGCUGAGAUAGCUCAAGUUUCAGCGGAACACAAAUCACGGCUGAGUCCUAAUGAUAUCUACAAGGACCUAAGUGCACUGAGGAAGAUAAAAGAACGCAUGAUGGAGUUUGGAGCUGGUAAGGUGGUGAGUAGUUCAGAAUGUGUUGGAGAAGAAGGAAACGAAGGUGUCGUGGUGGGCUUGGAGAAAGACAUACAACAGCUUGUUUUUAAAGUGAUUCUUAGUGAAGAAGAGUGGCUUAUUCAUAUGCCUAUUCUUAUCAAAGGCAUGGUUGGUAUGGGAAAGACAACUCUUGCGAGACAAGCAUACAACCAUCCGGCCAUCAUUGAAGAAUUCAAGCGCUGCCGUGCAUGGGUAAGCCUUUCUAGUUUUACAAGUAAACAUGAGGUGCUUGUGGAACUGAUACGCCAGUUGGUGACACUUGAUGGAGAUUCGUUGUUGCUGGAGGAGAUGGACAACCAGAGUCUCGAACAGAUGCUUCUCCGGCACCUGGAAGAAAUGCCACCAUGGUUUAUAGUUCUCGACAACGUGCUGCCAGAAAUGCGCUUUAAAUCCUUCUUGCUAGACCUUGCACGCCGCUCAAAGCCAAGGCAUAAAUGUGGAUUGUUGAUCACCAGUUGCCAUCAGAUUUUCGAAAAACUAUGGAUUUACACUCAUGAGAUGAAAGCUAUGGAUUCUGAUAAGAGCUGGCAAUUGUUUUUGCAAACAAUUAAUAAAUUUACAAGUGAUGACAACAAAUUCUCAAAUGAUUUGGAGAAGAAGGUGAAAGAGAUGCUGAAGAAAUGUGGGGGUUUGCAAAGACUUUUAGGGAUUGAAUGGGAAGAACUUUUUGAUUCAAUUGAUUUGAGUAAAACAUUGAAGUUGUUGGAACCGAUGUAUAAUAGCUUGAAAGAACAUCUCAAGUCGUAUUUCUUGCAUAUGUCCUUUUUUAAGGAAAAUGCAAUAAUGAGGGAGGAAAAGUUGAAACAUAUUUGGGCUACAAGUGGAUUAAGAAAUGGAAAUAAAUCAUGUGCCAGUUUAGCUGAUCAAUCCAUGAUUGAAGUCGUCCACCCAUACCCAGAAUUCCGUAGAGUGAAAAGGUGUCGCAUGAAUCCAGUACUACACAUGCUAUGCAUCAAAAAAGCAGAGGAGGAAAUAGGCCUUGAGAUCUUAAGGAACAAUGGAAAUAAUCGACCCUUAGAGAUCCCUCAUCAUCGUGUUAUUCAUUGUGGCAGAGCCAAGUUUAAUCACUCUACGAAUCAAGACAAGUAUCUUGUUUCUCUCAUCUUCCAUGGAGGUGGUCGAUACUUGGAAGACGUACGCCAGUCUUAUUGGAAGAGUUUGGAACUCCUCAAAAUACUCGACAUGGAAGAUUUUGGGGUGAAGAAUUUAUCAAAAUCUAUCGGGACAUUGACUGGGUUAAGGUAUUUGGGAUUGAGAAACAAUUACGUACAAGAGAUCCCACACUCGUUGGGGGGCUUGAAAAGGCUCGAGGUUCUCGAUAUAGCUUUAAACUUUAUGGUGGAGGUGCCGGAUAUUAUCAAGAAAAUGGGUGGCCUUCGUCAUCUCUACAUGUCUGAUGUGAUUUGCAGAAAGCCUUUAAAAGUAGAUGCACUUCAAAAUCUUGAGACCCUGACCUUCAUGUCAAUAUAUUCUUGGACAUAUGAAGCCUCGAACUUGGGGAAGAUGAGUAGUCUAUGUAAAUUGGGUAUUGAAGACAUUGAUGAAAACUCAGAUGUAAGCGAGCUCUUUCCAGCACUAGAUAAGUUGAAGGAACUUGAUCACCUUAUUUUGAGAGGGUUUCGCUUCAGAAUGAUAUCUUGUUUGGACGAGAUUCGUGUUCUACAUGGGCGUUACAACAUAAGCACUCUGAGGGUUGAUGGAUGCAUAGCUAGGCUACCAAGUGCCGAUAGUUUCCCUUAUGGGAUAGAGUACUUGGCUUUGGUAAAUACUUGUCUUGAUGAGGACCCCAUGCCGAUACUAAUGGAGUUGCCCUACCUAAGGCGCCUCAAACUGCGGAAUGCAUACAAUGGUCAAGAAUUGGUGUUCAAGAUGAGAGAACUUCAUAUCUUGUGCAUCAGUGAGUUGUGGAAUCUGAGAAAAGUACGAUUUGAAGAAAGUGAAAUUGCUUCCCUCUGGAAACUAGAAAUCACGAAUUGUCCACAUCUGGAGACACUCCCACAAGAAAUUCAGUCGAUGAGUUAUCUGCGAAAGCUUACUAUGGUAACAACCAAACACAUUGCAACAAAGAUCAAAGAUUCAGACUUGCUCUCCAAAAUAGUGGAAGUGGAUAUCAGUCCAUAA